AUGCCUAAGAAAAACGGUACUGAUGUUGGUCGAAGAGCAUGGCGUUUCCUUCGUUUAGCACUGUUAUGGGCAAGAAAAGGCGGUGUCUUCAAACGGCGACUCACCAUGGUCGACCUACGAUUGGUGAUACCCAAGUUUUUAAAAAGUUCAACAGCCGCUUCUCGUCAUGACCGUCUUCAUUACAAGGAACGUGAGUUUUCUUUCGACGAGACACCCAUUUUUCACGUUAAGGUCCACCGUUUUGCUUCCAUGCGCUUCCUUCUUCCUUGCAUUAGUCCCACCGAGGCCGUAGAUUUUGACGAUCAUGAAAUUUAUAGCUGUGGUAGUGGCAGCAAUAGCAACAACAGUUAUUCAACAUGUUCUGAUAUUGUUGAAGAAGGGGAAGAGAUGGGAUAUGAAGGUUGUGAUGAGAAAAGUCCAUAUCCAUUAGAGGAAGAAGGGAUUGAUUUGAAGGCAGCGAAGUUUAUAGCAAAGUUUUAUGAGCAAAUUAAGUUACAAAGACAAAUUUCUGAUUUGGAAUAUAAUGAUUAA